CUGAUCAAAACAAGCUGAAAAUUGACAGUAACAAUGUAGCUUUAUUUAACAAAAAAAUUACCAAAAAUCACAUUUUUAAACAAACACAUGUCAAUAAAUUUACCAAUCUUGGCAAACGGCGAGUUGGCGAAUACCUGAGAUGAAGUUCCGCAACAAUGGCAAGGUUUUGUGGACCUUGGCAAGGGGUUCGGUUAGGCAGCAGAUGCGAAAUGCGCUCGUGAAGAAAAUGCUGAUUGCCAGCUUUAGCACCACCAAGGAAGACUCAAACUCGGAUCAGCCCAAUCUACUAAAGUACCACGUUCUGCCGCUCGAAGAAACCCUGAAAAGGUUUAUGACCACAGUUGAGCCACUGCUGACCCCCGAGGAGAUGGCCAAGCAGAAGGAUAUAACUGCCAAGUUCCUGAGGAGGGAAGGCUCCGAUUUGCAGAAGCUCCUGCAGGCCGUUGGCAGUAAGGAGAAGAACUGGUUGGCCCACCGCUGGCUCAAAGUGGCCUACCUGCAGUUUCGAUCCCCAGUCACCGCCUUUGUGAGUCCCGGCAUGACCUUUCCCAGGCAGUGCUUCGAAAACGAGCACGAGUUCGUGGAUUACACGUCCAGAGUUAUCUUUGGCCUCGGUGAGUUCAAUGACAUGGUGCAUGCCAGGAAAAUUCCCAUUGUUAAGAUGGGCGCACAUGAGCUGGACAACAGCCAGUUUGGCAAGGUGUUUGGCACUUGUCGAAUACCCAGAAGAACUACCGAUGACAUUGUCUAUAAUCCCUGCUCUGAUUAUGUGGUGGUGAUCUACAAGAACCACUUUUACCAACUGAAAAUAUACGAUAAGGAGGGAAAACUUAUUAUAGCUCCUUGUUUGGCUGUUCAGUUGGAGGACAUCAUGUCGAAGGAAACCGAACUGGGAGUUCCCUAUGGUAUUUUGACCACCGACUCGAGGGACAACUGGGCCGAGGCCUAUGAACACCUCUCGAAUACACCUCGAAACAGGGAAGCCCUGAAGACCAUUCAAAAUGCCCUAUUUACCGUCUCCCUCGAUAGGUGCACCUCCUCUAAGGAGGGCAGGGAAGACGAAGAGUUGAUCCAAUCCCUGAUCCAUGGCAAAGGAAGUAAAGCCAACAGUGCUAAUCGCUGGAUGGAUAAAACCAUUCAAUUGGUGGUCAACCCGAAUGGAAACGUGGGUUUCACCUACGAACACUCGCCAGCUGAGGGCCAGCCCAUCGCCAUGAUGAUGGACUAUGUGGUGAAGAAGCUGAAGGAUGAUCCUAGCUAUGGGGAAAGCGGAUCGGAGGACUUUACUCCAGCAGAGAAAAUAAAGUUCUGUCCGGUUAGCAAAUGCGUUGAGCAAUGGCUGAUGAUAGCGCAAAGGAACAUUGAUAAGCUGGCCUGCGCCCUACAAGUCAAGGUUCUUAGGUUCGAGGGAUAUGGCAAGGAUUUCAUUAAAAAACAGCGCCUUGGUCCGGAUAGUUUUGUUCAGAUCGCCCUGCAGUUGGCCUUCUUUAUGAUGCACUCUGAGCCAGCUGCGCAAUACGAGUCCGCUCACUUGCGUAUCUUUGAUGGUGGACGAACCGAAACUAUACGCUCCUGCUCCAAUCAAUCCUUGGCCUUCUGCUACGCCAUGGAUGAUCCGUUUUUGCCAGCUCGGGAACGGGCUGACAAGCUCCGUGAGGCGGUGAUGUGCCAUCAGAUGUAUGCCAAGCUGGCUCUUCAGGGCAAAGGCGUCGAUCGGCACCUGUUUGGUCUAAAACUAAUGGCCGUGGAGAAUUGCCUGCCCAUCCCAGAGUUCUUCACAUCGCCGGGGUAUGUAAAGUCCAACCACUUCCGCAUGUCUACCUCCCAGGUGGCCACGAAAUAUGAUGCCUUCAUGGGUUAUGGUCCCGCCACGGACGAUGGAUACUCUUGCUGUUAUAAUCCUCGAGAGCAUGACAUUAUCUUGGCCAUAACUGCGUGGCGCCAUUGUCAGGUAACAGAUCCAUUCAAGUUGGCCAAGUUCCUCAAGCAGUCCUUUACCCAAAUGAGGGAGGUUCUAGAAAGCUGUCCAGAAUCGGGAGAAAAGCCGCCGCAGCCUAAUUGCAAACUUUAAAAGUGUUUUUUGAUAGUCCACAUUGAUUUUAAAAUUACUAAAGUAUUUGAUAAUACAUUUAAUAAGA